AUGGCAUCGGACACUGAAACCGAGAUGAGAGAUACAGCAAAACGCGGAAGUCAGCCACAAAAGGCUGCAUGUGACGAGUGCCGACGGCGGAAACAACGGUGCGAUGGCAAGAAGCCACAAUGUAGCGUUUGUCAAGACACUGGUGUUGUAUGUGAAAUGACUCAGCGUGGGACCAGAGGACCUAAAAAAGGCCAUCUGAGAGAAUUAAGAAGUCGUAUUGUGCAGCUGGAGGCAAUGCUAAAGGCUCGCUCCUCGCCCUAUCGAGAAGAACCCCUGGGGACUACAGGAAACAAUGGUGACGGGGUUCUCGCUGCGUCGGGUGCGAAAGAAAGUGCCUUGGUGUCCACGCGUCCAUUUGGCCAGCAUGUUCCUCUUUCGCCGAUAUUGCACGCCGAAUUGUAA